UAGAGCCCUUUAUAACCUCUACUAUGGUUUUACUUGUUUAAAAUGGAUUAUUAUUUGUUGGCUCCGGACAAAACAUGGAGCAGUAUGAGCAGGUCCUGUGUUUGGGCCGUGGAGGAGCAGCAGACGUGUUCCUGAUGAGGCAUGUGGAGCGGAAGAGCCUGCAUGCAGUGAAGAGGGUGAAAGUGGAGGAGACAAGGGCGGCAAAAACCCAGAGGGCUGUUCUCCAAGAGGCUGAGAUCAUCAGGAAGCUGGAGCACCCUCACAUAGUGACAUGCAGCGAUGCCUUUGUGAGCUCUGACGGUGGAUUCUUUUACAUUGUAAUGACUUACUGUGAUGGUGGGACAUUAGACGACAAAGUAAAAGAAAGGAAACCAGGGGAGUUUUUCACAGAGGACACUGUGAUUGGGUGGUUUGUGCAGGUGACUACGGCUGUAAAUUUUAUACACAUGGCUAAAAUACUACACAGGGACAUCAAAACCUCAAAUGUACUGCUCACAAAGCAAGGUGUGGUAAAGUUAGGGGACUUUGGGAUAUCCAGAGUACUGAACAACACAGCCGAUCUGGCCUCCACAUGUGUCGGGACGCCCAACUACCUCAGUCCUGAGCUCUGUCAGGAUGUCCCGUACAGCUCCAAGUCCGAUAUCUGGGCUCUCGGCUGUCUGCUGUACGAGCUCUGUGCUCUCAGGUCUCCGUUUGCAGCCUCAAACCUCAUGAGUCUGUUAUACAAGAUCACCAGAGGGGAGUAUGAACCCGUGCCUGACGUGUUCUCAGACAACAUCUCCUCUUUGAUAAAAAGAAUGCUCAGCCUCGACCCAGAAAACAGGCCGAGUGCAGCCUGUGUGCUUAGCAUCGCCUAUGUGCAGGACCACCAAGAGAACAUGAAAGACACAGAGACGGACUCUGCUCCUGUGACUCAGACUAAAGGGAAGAGCUGUGACAUUAAUACAGAAGGAAAACACUCCUCACUCGGGUCACAGGUCCUCAGUCAAUCAUUCUUAUGGGAAGAGAAAGAAGACACUAUCAGUGAUGAGGAGGAGGAUUGUGAUGAAUUGUGUGUCGAAGGACAGAACCACUGUGACUGCCACUAUCCUGAGGACUUUGAUGAAGAUGACAGUUUGUCCUCUGUAGAAGACUGCAGUGGAGACUCAGGGUCUCUGAUGAGGAGCGAUUCUGCUGAGCCCACUGUCUUUCAGGAGGUUCCUGAAAUUUCAGAACAAGGUGACUAUCCAGAUGACUUUGAGGAAGAUGAGGAGAGGGAAGAUCUUGGGGAUGAAGCAAACCCAGCCCACACUGGUGCUCAUCAGCAGCCACAUAAUGAUGGAGUGGAUGAGUUUCAGCUCUGUGAUGCUGGAGGACUGACCAUUACACUGAAAGCACUGAAGGAAACUGGCUGAAAACACUGAAGCGCCAUCUGAAAUAUAGAGAAACAGGAAAUACAUUGGGCUUUCUAUGUUGGAGGCAUUUUACUACGUGCCUGAAGUUUUACUGCUAAUUGAUGCUCAGUGAUCAGUGACGGAAAUAUUCCUGAAAGCUGUUUAUCUCUUGCAUCAUGAGAAAAGAUGUAAUGGCAGCAUAAGUUACUAGUUUUUGCAACCACAAGGAUAUAAAAUAUAAUUUAUUGAUUACCAGGGCAUCAAAAUAUUUAAUUG